AUGGAUAUUUCGCAGUUAUUGUGCGUCUUGCUGUUGCUUUGCGGGUACAUCAAGCAUAAUUAUGCCGCGACCAAAGUAUUCUAUGAAUUUCACAUACGUGAACCGAGCACUGAACGCAACGAAACGGCAGUGCUAAACACUCCGAACAACAAUGAAACAGAAGUCAAGCCCAAUUUGAUUAUAACAGGCAAACACACCUCGAGUGUGUUACUCGAUAGCAAGGAUGAAAACUCACCCAACAGCGUCUAUACGGAGACAGCGUUCUACACAGCCGACGAGAACGGCUAUCAUGUCACCUACAACGUAAGCAUCCAGCCAGCUGUACUGGACCCACAGCUCAAUGGCGUUACCCUAAAAGUGAUCGUAGGCUAACGGCAAUUAACAGUAUUAUGCAAUUGUCAAUGAACGGGAGCGGGGAGUUACAAUAUACGAACAACUAAUGUCUGAAGAUUACAAUUAUUCAUUCAAAUAAACCAGUUCAACGGACUGAGUCUAUUUUACAGUA